AUGUGGCUGACCUACCUAGUCAUACCAGCGCACACACCACACACUAAGUGUGUACCAACAGACCAAGAACCCAAGAAUACAAAGCAACACAAAGAGGACCACAAAGAUGAACACAAAGGGGAGGAACAGGAGGAACAACAACAGGAGGACCACAAAGGGGAACAACAACAGGAGGACCACAAAGGGGAACAGGAAGAAUUAUUCACAUCCCAGCUCAGACUGGAGUCGCUGAGGAAGCUCAGGUUCGAAGAUGGGGUUCAACUAGUCAGGGUCAGUGUGGACAAGUCUACGCCGAUACAAACGAUAAAAGAAAUAUAUGAGACGAUUCGAGAACAGCUGCCGAAGGACAUCAAGCUUGUCGUGAGCUUUUCAAACGCCCGGUACCUGAUGCAGAUUCCAUCAUCGGGUCCUUGCGAGUUGGCUAGUCCAGAAGAACGGAGACUGCAAGAACGAUGGCUGAAGGCUACGCACGCCCCGAUCUGGUACGAAGUGAUGUCCGACCAAGUCCGAAAUUGCACGAAACACUGCGUUGUCGAUCUGUCAAAAUUCGCCGAUCUUUCGGCGACCAUGGCUACGACCGGGACAAUGGCUACGACGGGGACAAUGGCUACGACCGGGAGCAUGGCUAGGACCGAGAGCAUGGCUAUGACCGGGACAAUGGCUACGACCGGGAGCAUGGCUAGGACCGAGAGCAUGGCUACGACCGGGACAAUGGCUGCAACAACAGCCUUGACCACGUAUAAAUGUAUUGCCUUUGGUGGUAGCCUGGAUGGUUGUCAUGAUGGCCAUUGUUUAGUUCUGUUUCGGUGUUUUCAGCUGCUACGUUCGAAGGGUGAUUCGAUUCUACUUUUAGGUCUGAUGCCGGACAGUACUGUUCAAAAUAAAGAUGAGUGCGCAAGACUAAUGGCUUACAGUUACAGAACGAGGGAGUAUAUGUUAAAGUCUUGUGUUAUUGGGUUCGCUGAAGACCUCGGUUACCGCCAAUCCCAGAGUUGUUCUUUUGCGAAAAAACAAGUCUGGAAGGAACAAGCUAUCAAUGUUACGUCAGUGAUGGAGUUUGUAAAGGUAGAUUCGACGCUCCGGGUCGAAAUUAGUGAGUUGGACGUUGAGGGCGUGGGAGUAGCAGGGGUAGAUGAGCGUCUAGAAUGUUUGGUCUUGAGCCAAGAAACACUUAAGGGAGGAGCAAUGGUAAAUGCAAGGCGGGGACAAUUAGGUCUGAAACCUUUAGAAAUCGAAAUCUGUCCCCUGGUCCUCCGCAGCAUGUGCACGGGCAAAAUAUCCAGCAAGGAAGAACGCCUGCAAAUUCUUAACAAAAGAAUAGAUACGAAGAAACUCCUCCAGACCAUAGCGGAAGCCUGUAUUAAAGAUACGGGUGACGCAGCCAAGUGUCACCAAUUAGCUGAUAAGCAACCAGUUGAUGAUGGCGACCAACCAGUUGAUGAUGGCGAUCAACCAGUGAAUGACAGACGCACUACCGAACGAAGAAAAGAACUAGCAAGGUCAGUACUGGUGUACUUUGUGGCCGAAGACGGGUCCAUUGACCGACACAUCAAUAGCCGUAGCACACAAGAAAAGUUGGCCCAACUACACGAAAGCUGUACAACGGCACUUGAAUGCAGUACAACCGCGAUCGAAAGCCCGUUCAGAAAUUAA